AUGCAGACCUCUCCAAACACAGAUUUCGACCUCGUCGAGCGACGCAUCCAGACGCUUACAUCAAUUCUCCACGCUAUGAAGAGGCGACAUCCCCCUACCAGCCGACAGAGAGAGAAAGAGGCCCCAGCUUUUCUACGUCACUUGGCUACUCUCCUUACCUGUGGCAGCAAAGAUGAUGCAGAAGCUAGAAGAGUCAUCGCUGUUACUGGUAGCUUGUUCGAUGAAGAGUUACGGACCUUGGUCGUGACUCAAAAUCCUUCUGGCUCCACCGACAUUUCCGAACUUGGAGUGGAAGAGAUUAUGAAGUCAAGUGGGACAUUCGAGCAGGUGGUGAAAGGGAACAAGAACGCGAAGCUCCCUCAGCACAUAGCCGACGUUUGGGCCGCUAUAGACUCGUAUGAUCCAAAUGUUAAGGGCCAAUUCCGUUCGUUCUGCCUCUUCAUCGUCAGGCGCUGUUUCCGGAAGUUGUCCAAACGCGUAUUUCAAGACAAGGGAUGUUGGGAUGUGAGUGUGAGCCAGAAGAUUUUCGACUGGACUCCUCUCAGUCAAGAACUCGAUGAUGUUCGGUGGAUAGAACGCCCACAAUGGGCACUUGUAGACUUCCCCCCCGAUGUACUUGACGGAUUGAGGGAGAGAACGAUAGGGAUUCACGGGCGACCUGUCACUCAAUGGGAGUUCUCAAACGCCACCUUGCGGAGCUGGGCCUGGCUUCUCGCGUAUAUCCUCCAGCAGCUGGAAUUCACAACAAGCUGGACGAAGUUAGCGCGAGAGAAGGGGGAGACCGAUAAAGAGACCAGGGGGCUAAACGAUAUUCAUAAUUGGUGUUACUGUCUGCAUGCGUACGUGCAUUGGAAGGAGGGUAUCGUAAAGACCCUUCUAACCAGGACGUCACUGGCACAUGCGUUCGACCUCCCUGCUCCAUUGAAUAGGCGCGGUGAUGCCGAACCUGAAAUGCGGAGAGAGCCCGACGAAAGUGAUGGGCAACAAGAUGAACUUGCCGAAAUGCGGAGAGAGCCCAACGAAAGCGAUGGGCAACAAGUCCUUCGCCACCUGCAGGCCAUCGUCGCAUGGCAUGCCGCCGCACAAAGUCUCUUGGAUAAAAAUCGUCGACAAAUCGCCCCAACUCUGCGUGUCGGCUUAGUAGAGGUUACCCCGAGACACCCCGAUCUCAUGACUGUUGAGGACUUCGUCAAGGAAUUCUUCCUUAAACGACCCGCCUCAUCGUCUGAAGCCCGCACCUCCAUUGAGAAUAUUAUCAGGAAAAACUACACAAUGGCGACGUUCACUGGUACCACUCAUGCAGAAGCGACGCUUAUGGGGCUUCUUAAAUAUUUCUCCCCCGGCUCACCUUCCGUCAAUUAUGGGAAUCAGAUUGAGGACGCCACUCUUCGUCUUCUCAAAGAAUUCAUUGAGCCGGCGACAUUUGAGAAAGCCAUUGCUGUCGGCAAAAAGUGCUGUUGGUGCUGUGACAGGCUCGGCAGCCUUCUUGAUAUCGAUAUCAAGUUGCCCGGCUCACAUGGGGUUUUAUUCGCUUGGACUCCUCCUCGAGUGGGCGUUGAGGUCACUAUUCUCCAACAACUUGAGAAAGAGCUAUGGGACGAAAUGAGCGCGGCUGUAACGGAUAAGAUUUCCGGUGGUCAUUCUCGUCAAAGCUCUGGCUCUAGCACUGUUUUUGACGAAAAUCCCCUAACUUUGGCAGAUCAGGAGAAACCUGGUGUCUAUCCGCCCCCCCCCAAGACAAAAGAUCAGACGGUCGAGGUCGGUAAGAAUGUCAAGUUGCUGAUCAAUUGGAAGAGUAAAGAUAAGAAGAACCACGAGUCGGACGACGCGAAGCCCAACCUUUACCACCGCGUCUUCUGUCGCGUUUAA